AUGCAUGUGGUUCUUGUCCCUUCCUCUCUCUUUUUCUCUGAAUCUCUCUCUCUCUCUCUCUCUCUCUCUCUGAAUCUCUCUCUCUCUCUCUCUGUGAAUCUCUCUCUAAUGGGAGCCGAUGGCGGAACCAUCCCGCGACGCGACGAACUUGUGACCGUCAAGAAGAAAGCUGUGCAGCGUGAUCCACAAAUCGAACUCGACGCAAAAUGGAAGUUUUGCGCGCUUAGUGCUACUCCCUUGAAGCAGCCCGUCUUCGCAUGUGAACUUGGCCAGCUCUUCAACAAAGAGCCACUCUUGGAAGCGCUGCUCGGGUCGAAGGAACAAGGCGCGCCCAAGGCUCCGGUGAUUAAGCAUAUCAAGUCAUGGAAAGACGUCCAUGAGCUCAAGCUUACGCCCAUCUCGCCAGACAAACCCACCGACUUUGUCUGCCCAGUCAGCGGAGUGGCCAUGAACGGUCAUUUUCGCUUCGUGUACCCCCUGGCCUGCGGUUGCGUUGUCUCGGAAAAAGCGCUCCGCGAAGCUCCCUCCUCAAACUGCCUGCUUUGUGGCAAGCCUAUGACCAAGACGGACCUCAUCGUGCUGAAUCCACCCGAUGAAGAGCUCAAAUCCCAACGCGAGGCCAUCAAGGCACGUAAGGCAGCCAAGAAAGCAAGCAAGGCCGCGACCCCUGGCGAUCAGUCUGCCGGCACUAAGAAGGUCAAGCGUUCUGCUACGGCCUCAUCUGCACCUGUCACCGCUGCUGCCAAGAAGCCAACCAUCAUGAAGGUCCUCCACGGUGCUGACGAGGAAUUGGCCUGGGCUCUCAGUGACAAGCCCAUUGCUGCAAAGGGCGAUGCAAGCUCGACUCUGAAGAAGCUCUUUCACUCCAGCAAGGAUGCUGUUGAGGACAAACACACCUAUACUUCCCGGGCCGGCAUGACAAAAGCCUACAAAUGGGGCUAG